GGAUCCUCAGUCACCGGCCGCGAAUCUUUUUACUCUAUGCAGCAUCAUUUGCAUUUGUUUUAGACUAUUUCACUGUGGGAAGGAGGGUGUCACCCGCUCCAGUUUACAAAUAAAAACGGGCUGAAGACGGCAGUCCCCGUUCCGGACAGAAGAAGAAGCAGCAACUUCUUAGGGGAUCUCUGAAAAGUGCUGAUCUGCAUAGAGCGCGAAGGCGACGCGAUGUUUAAGUGGCAGCCAGCGCGCUUCUGAUUCGUCCGCAGAAAAGUUGCCGCUCCGACCGGCCUUAAUCACAAUUGCAGUGGCUCCUCGCUGCUUUUGACUCACCCCUGCCUCUUUUCUUAUUUCCCCUGGCUCUUCUUUCGACUUGCCUGGUUGCUUGUCCUCUGUGCGCGUGUCCGAACAUCUUUUGCUACUGUUUCUGUUGUCUGGCGUGUUUCACCCCCUAGUGACUGCUGCAGGCUCCUCCUGCGAUCUGCAAAAGGCAGACCUUCCCUGCAAUCGAGGCUCUGCUCCCCAGCGUCCUUGCUGGCGACCGGGAAUUCAGCAAAAAGGGAACCUUGGCCGAGAGCAAACCACACCAGGCGAGAAACGUCUCCUCCGCCUCUUCUGCCUGUACCUGCAGCUUCGGGUUAUUGAGGUUGAUGCGGGUCCGUCCAGCGCUGUGACUGAUUUCAAAUAAGGAGGGAGAAAAUAGCUGUGCUCUUAGUCCGUUCUUCUAAAGAAUGAUGUGAAUACAGAACUUGUAGCCAAGUACAACAUGGGCGCUAACACCUCUAGCAAGUCACCAAUAUAUGAUGAGAAUGAAGAUGUUACCUUUGAUCAUUUUGAAAUUCUCAGAGCCAUUGGAAAAGGCAGCUUUGGAAAGGUAUGCAUUGUUCAGAAGAAAGAUACCAAGAAAAUGUAUGCAAUGAAGUACAUGAACAAACAAAAAUGUGUGGAACGGAAUGAAGUGCGAAAUGUCUUCAAAGAGUUACAGAUCAUGCAGGGGCUGGAACAUCCUUUCCUUGUGAACUUGUGGUACUCAUUCCAGGAUGAAGAAGACAUGUUUAUGGUGGUGGAUCUGCUUCUUGGAGGAGAUUUACGUUACCACCUGCAGCAAAAUGUCCGUUUUGAAGAGGAGACUGUGAAACUAUUCAUCUGUGAGCUAGCCCUGGCACUGGAUUAUCUCCAAAGCAGGAACAUCAUCCACAGGGACAUAAAGCCUGAUAACAUCUUGCUGGAUGAGCAGGGGCAUGUUCAUGUAACAGAUUUCAAUAUUGCUACAGUGCUAACUAAAGAUACACAGGUUACCAACAUUGCUGGCACGAAACCAUAUAUGGCACCCGAGAUGUUUACUGCUACAAAAACUGAAGGCUAUUCCUAUGCUGUUGAUUGGUGGUCAUUAGGAAUUACAGCCUAUGAACUCCUCAGAGGCCGGAGACCAUACCACAUUCGCUCGAGUAAUUCUGCCAAUGAAAUUUUGCAUGUGUACAAGACGGCCACCAUCAUGUAUCCUGCUGCUUGGUCACAGGAUAUGAUCUCAUUGAUUAAAAAGUUAGUGGAAAUAAAUUCAGAGGAAAGAUUUUUUCAACUGAGUCAUAUCCAGGAGUUUCCUUACUUGGCUGAUAUCAAUUGGGAUGCUGUUUUACAGAAGACAGUAUUGCCUGGAUUUCUUCCUAAUAAAGGGAAGUUAAACUGUGACCCAACCUUUGAACUUGAGGAAAUGAUCCUGGAGUCCAAGCCACUUCAUAAAAAGAAGAAGCGCUUGGCUAAGAAGGAGAAGGAAAGCAACAAAAAUGAAUCCUCAGAGGCCUGCCAGCUGCAGAAAAACCUGGAGUCAAUACAAAGGGACUUCAUGAUUUUCAACAGAGAAAAGGCACGACAAGAACAUAACAAAAUGCAGGAGAACUUGACGGUGACACAAACCAAAGACAACGAGGAAGAAGAUGACCAAAAUAAUAAUCUUUAAGAUCAAUGUAGUUUUCACUCAGGUGCUGCUACCGAAAGGGCAGGCUUUUACUUUAGCUCAUGGAGCUUAACAGAUAAAAUUGCACACUGCUUUCAAGAUAAGGCAGAUACCUUGCUAAGGAACCUUGAGGCUAGAUGCUGGGUCUCUCUUCCCACCAUAAGGACUUGUGGCCUACAAUCUUGCAGAGCUACUUAAGGCCCAGAUUGUCACCCUUUAUGCCUGCUUAUUUUUUAAGCCACUUGACCAUUAACAGGAAAGAGUAUGCUCUUUACUGUAUAAAAGGCACUCCAAAUAGGGAAAGGUGAAGUUCACUUUCUAGGUAUAAUUUUUAUUGGUAAAAUGUCAAGAUUGCUGAUAAUUGGGUUAAAUCCAGUGCCUAUGGGAAAGAGGUUUUUGCAGGUCUGCUAGAGGGGGCAACACCACAUUUUCUUAGAAGUUUUCAAAAAAAAAAAAAAAAAUAGAGCCGAAUUGCAACUCUGCCUUAGACCGUAAUAGACUUCAAAAUGAAAAAAAUCAAUUUUUAAAUACUUAUAACUGACUAUAUACAAUAUAUCACAGACACAAAAUAAGAGGAAAUAAUAUUUUUGCUUUGGGAGUUUUCCACUUAUUGGUACCUUUAAAUAGUUCUUAAGAAUAUAACCAAUAUAUCUACAACUUGGUCUGUGUGUGCACUAUGUGAAUCAGGAAAUGGAACAAUGGGACAUUCAAAUCAAGAUAAAUUCAUUAGGACCAUUUUAUAAGUAGAAUUCACUAGUAUGUGCAAGGAGUAAUUCCUUUUCUUGCAAGGGAUAGAUGGCAAUCAUUAAAAAUAUUUAAGUCUGCAACUAUCAUAAAGAAAUAUUAGCUAUGAUGGUCAUUUGGUAAAAGACAAUUGAUGGCUCUUAGGAUCAAUAGAUGCUUGGUACAGUUAAUGACAAACUAUUAACUUUGUACUGUAAAGAACAGUUUAUUAUUAUAUGUAGUUGGGAAGAGACAGCAAAAAUUCAGGUUGUUGGAAAUUGGCUAGAAAAGAGUAUAUCAAUGUUACAAGUACCCAAGGUUAAGCAUAAUUCUUUAUGGGAACCACUUUUAUGUUUGACCUAAGUUUGCUUUGCUUUAUGACUCUAGUCCUCUUAGUCCUCCUUUCCAUGUUCUUUCUUCCCCAGAUACAACAUUGGUAGACAAAAGACUGGCUAAUGUAAUGGAUGUAGGAAAUUACAUUGACAAUUAUUGUACAUAGUCAAGCUAAAAUCUUUUCUAAUCCUGUUUGUAGUUUGAGUCGAAAAAGCACUGUGAGGUCACUUGCUAUCUAGUGAUUUUUAAUUCUCUGUUGCAUUCUCUGUACAAAAUGUAAAAGCAUUCUCAACCAAUACAAUCUCUUUGAUUUUGAAAGAAAAAUGAAUGGAUUAUGUCCACUUGGUGUGCAUUAUCAUUAAGAAGAGAACAUGGAUAGAUUAUGUGACUACUGGGAUAGGCCAGCAAGCAAUUGUGUCAGCGGAUGCUUUCUGCAUUGUUUUAAUCCUGGUCGUCUUUGAAAAUUUCCUCUACAAAAAAAUAAUUUAUCUGAAUGCAAAGGGUAGCAAAAGGUGAUGGAAAACCUCUUUUCUCCAGAUUGCUUAAAAUGGGUAAAUCUGCUGCCCUGCAAAUUGGGGGGGGGGAAUGCACAGUUGUUCAUUUAGGCUUAUAAUUUAAUAAGCUCAAUAACUAGAUUCUUACUGUAUUGUAGCUUUUCUCAUCCCAUAUAGACAGAUAGCUAAGCAAUGGUCCUCAGGUUCUAUCUUGCCACUCUCCUUCUGUCUGGCCUGCUGAACCAGACUGAAGGAUCAGGGCAUUGUUGCUCACUUCAAAUACUCUUUCUUUCCUUUAAAAAAAAAGGGUAGUUAUUGUUAAAGAAGAAUAUCUGGCCUGGGACUUGGCUCCUUGCAGCUGAAAUGGAACAAAAUCUUAAUGAAAAACAGUGGAGUUCCCACCAUUAAGCAGCACAAAAUGCACAAAACUUUAGUGCACAUCCUAAAACAUUUGUGGGGGGGGGAGGGGGACAGAAAAUUUUGACCCUUCCUAUAUACAUGUUGUGGUUCCAUUGUAUGGUUCACACAAUUGUUCUGCCCAUUGUGAUCCCAUGCCCUCCUUAAAUGUAAAAGGCAAUCUUCAGUCACUCAAAAUUUGUCUAUAUUUCAUCUGGGCCCUCUAACCCGGCUUUUGCUCAGUUUUUCAGCUAUUUCUUACUUGGAUUUAAAUCUUAAUGCAGUGUCAGCACUCUUAGAAUCAUGCGGUUGGAAGAGAUCACAAGGGUCAUCUAAUCCUACUCCUAUGUAAUAUAUAAAAUUCAUAGAAUAGGUAUACAAGUCAGCUAUCUUGAUUCUCAUGCAGCUUCUAAAGAUAAAAUGCCACAUUUUUUCUUAAAUUCCCACCCAAAUUAAGGCCAUUCAGUUCCAGCAAGAAUAUUUUACCUAGGGCAAUGUUAAAAAAAUAAGUAAGUGCUGCAAAGCUACAAGCCCAAUGUGGCCAUUUUGGGGUACUGGGAUUUGUAGUUCAGCAAUUUUCUGAUGGGUCAUUAGAGCAAUCAGUCCAAAAGCCUGUAUACCAGCAAAGUGCCUGAAAAAGACAAAGCAUUAAAUACAGUUAACCUCGUUUCUUUGGGUUUUUUUUUGCAAACCAGACAAGCCAGCAGACCAAGAAAGGAGAGAGGGUCAACCCUCCUGCCAUUCUUCAUUUAACUCCACUAGUAGCAGCAGGACAACUGAGACAAAAACAACAAUACAUAGUCACAACUAAAUGAUAAACAACACAUACCUUUCUGUGGAUUACAGACCAGUCCUCAAGAUAUUCUCCCUGUCGUUUUCAUUCGGUAAUAUAUUAGGGCAAAUCUUGCCUCCAAACCUUUUUAGUGAAAAAUGAAAUAAUGGCUAGGAAUGUUUUUUUUCAAUACAUGAAGGAAUGGUCACAAUUCCAGCUGUGAUAUAGAAACAUUUGGACCUAAAUUGAUAUCUCAGAAUGGCUUGAUACUUGUUAUAGGACAGCUGUUUCUAAAUGCUCUUUAAAUGUGUGAGACUUCGUCUCUGAUCUUCCGCAGCCAGCACUGCUACUUAAACGUUUGCUAAACAGCACUAUAUUAACCCAAAAACUUUAGGGACUCUAUCAGUAGACUCUUUAGAUUGAAAAAAAAAUGUAUUAAUGGUUAUUUGGGCAUUUUAAGAGCAUACAUAGGGAAUACACCAUUGCUACAUGCAAUUCUAAUCUCAUCAUGACCAAAUAAUCUUCCCAGGAAUAGAAAACAAACUUAAGUAAAUGUAAUAUUUAUAAGAGUAAAUUAUAAAUACCAAUUAAUGUUCUUUUGGUUCAGUUAGGAAGGGUAUCAUUCUUUUCUUCUGAUGGAAAGAGAAUAGGGACACAAGCUUACAUGUCUGUUAAAAAUGUCUGUCUACAGUUAAUUAAAACAUGUUAAAGUAGCAUUUCUCCUCUCUUCCAUGUUAUAAAUUAAGUUGGUUAGCCUUUCUGUAAGGGCCUUUUAUAGUGCACUGACUUUUUACAUUUUAUUAAAGCUUCAAAAUAAAGUUGUAUUAACUCUUA